UGCGCUGCGGUGGUUAGUCCUCUCCCGGCCGCCGUCGCCUCCGACAUAUUGCCCGCAGGAGCUGCGGCGGCGAGCGGAGAGCGCCGCGGGAAGGAGAUGGGAGGACGAAGAGGUCCCAACAGGACAUCUUAUUGUCGAAAUCCGCUCUGUGAGCCAGGAUCUUCUGGCACCUCUAGUGGAGGCCACACUUCCAGUGCAUCAGUGACCAGCGUCCGUUCUCGAACGAGGACCAGUUCUGGAACAGGCCUCUCCAGCCCUCCGCUGGCCACCCAGACAGUGGUGCCUCUGCAGCACUGCAAGAUCCCCGAGCUGCCAGUCCAGGCCAGCAUUCUGUUUGAGCUCCAGCUCUUCUUCUGUCAGCUCAUAGCCCUGUUCGUGCACUACAUCAACAUCUAUAAGACGGUCUGGUGGUACCCACCCUCACACCCACCCUCCCACACCUCCCUGAACUUCCACCUGAUCGACUUCAACUUGCUGAUGGUGACCACCAUUGUUCUGGGCCGCCGCUUCAUUGGGUCCAUCGUGAAGGAGGCUUCUCAGAGGGGGAAGGUCUCCCUCUUUCGCUCCAUCCUGCUGUUCCUCACCCGCUUCACCGUUCUCACGGCCACAGGCUGGAGUCUGUGCCGGUCCCUCAUCCACCUCUUCAGGACCUACUCCUUCCUGAACCUCCUGUUCCUCUGCUAUCCGUUUGGGAUGUACAUUCCGUUCCUGCAGCUCAACUAUGAUCUUCGCAAGACAAACCUGUUUAGCCACAUGGCUUCUAUGGGGCCGAGAGAGGCCGUCAGCGGUCUGGCGAGGAGUCGGGACUACUUGCUGACACUGCGGGAGACUUGGAAGCAGCACACGCGACAGCUCUAUGGCCCAGAAGCCAUGCCCACCCAUGCCUGCUGCCUGUCACCCAGCCUCAUCCGCAAUGAAGUCGAGUUCCUCAAAAUGGACUUCAAUUGGCGCAUGAAGGAAGUGCUUGUCAGCUCCAUGCUAAGUGCCUACUAUGUGGCCUUCGUACCUGUUUGGUUUGUGAAGAAUACACAUUACUAUGACAAGCGCUGGUCCUGCGAGCUCUUCCUGCUGGUGUCCAUCAGCACCUCUGUGAUCCUCAUGCAGCACCUGCUUCCUGCCAGCUACUGCGACCUACUACACAAGGCUGCUGCCCACCUGGGCUGCUGGCAGAAGGUGGACCCAGCUCUUUGUUCCAACGUGCUGCAGCACCCGUGGACUGAGGAGUGCAUGUGGCCACAGGGCGUGCUGGUAAAGCACAGCAAGAACGUCUACAAAGCAGUGGGCCACUACAAUGUGGCCAUCCCCUCAGAUGUCUCCCACUUCCGGUUCCACUUCUUUUUCAGCAACCCCCUGAGGAUCCUCAACAUCCUGCUGCUGCUGGAGGGCGCUGUCAUUGUCUACCAGCUGUACUCCUUAAUGUCCUCAGAGAAGUGGCACCAGACCAUCUCUCUGGCCCUCAUCCUCUUCAGCAACUACUACGCCUUCUUCAAGCUGCUCCGGGACCGCCUAGUGUUGGGCAAAGCCUACUCAUACUCUGCCAGCCCCCAGAGGGACCUGGACCACCGGUUCUCCUGAGCCCCAGGGUGGUUCUUGAGACAACAUCCUGGCUUCACCCUGGGGCCUCCUGGCCAAGGGCUUUGGGGGUUGGGUAGGGGGAGGGGGGAAAACAAAACAAAACAAACAAACAAAAAAUCCACCAGAGCUUUGUAUUUUUGUUACGUAAUGUUUCUUUCUUUGAUAAUUGAUGUGAUAAGAAGAAAAAAAGUCUUAUUUUUAUA